CUGGCUGCAGGUGCCUCGUGGUUUCAGCAUGGUGCUGCCCUGGACCCUCGCUGUCCUGAGCCUCCUUCCUCUGCUGGACGCCCAGAGUCUGGAGUGCGCCAACUUGACGGCGGUGGCGCCCAUCACCAAUGCCACCCUGGACAGGCUCUCUGGCAAGUGGUUUUACAUCGGCUCAGCCUUCCGAAACCCCGAGUACAAUGAGUCAGCUAGAUCGAUCCAGGCGGCUUUCUUUUACUUUGAGCCCAAGCACGCGGAGGACAAGAUAAUUCUCAGAGAGUACCAGACCAUUGGGAACAAGUGCAUCUACAACUCCAGCUCCGUGACGGUCUAUCGCAAGAAUGGGACCAUGUCUACAUAUGAGUCGGGUAGAGAAUACUUUGCUGACCUGCUGCUCACCAAGCACCCCAAGACCUUCAUACUUUCUGCCUCCUGGAAUGGCAAGAAGAACGUGGGGAUGUCCUUCUAUGCCGACAAGCCAGAGGUGACCCAGGAGCAGAAGAAAGAGUUCCUUGAUGCCAUCAAGUGCAUAGGCAUUCACGAGUCAGAAAUCACAUACAGCGAUGAGAAAAAGGAUCUGUGUGGGCCACUGCAUAUGCAGCAUGAGGAGGAAAGGAAGAAGGAAAAGGAAGGGUCCUAGCAUUGGGUUAGGACCUUGGGGACUCUGCGGAGCCAUCCUCAGCCCCCGUCUCACCCUUCGUACCUCAGCUCUUUCCCUCAGUUGCAUCAGUAAAGCGUCUG